AUGGCUCGUCCUAAUUUUCUUAUCAUUGUUGCGGAUGAUCUCGGCUACUCAGACAUUUCAUCGUAUGGAUCCGAAAUAUUCACGCCUAAUCUUGAAACACUGGCCUCUAAUGGUGGAACUCUUUUAACGGACUUUCAUACAGCAUCGGCAUGUUCUCCUACGCGUGCAAUGUUACUCAGUGGUACUGAUCAUCAUUUGGCUGGUAUCGGACAGAUGGCAGAUUUAAUAAAGCGUCAUGCAGAGAUUUGGGAAGGAAAACCAGGUUAUGAAGGCUAUUUAAAUGAUCGAGUGGCUACUUUGCCAGAGAUUCUUAAAGAUAUGGGUGGAUAUAGAACGAUAAUGAGCGGAAAAUGGCAUUUGGGAUUGACGAAAGAACGAUUUCCAUCGAAGCGAGGUUUUGAACAGAGCUUUGCAUUACUACCAGGUGCUGGCAGUCAUUAUAACUAUGAAGCUGGGACAACUGAAAAGCCAGCAUUAGCCUUUCUACCUCCACUGUAUUCACGUAACGACGAAUUUAUGGAUCGAAAGAAUUUACCCAAUGAUUACUAUUCAUCGGAUUAUUUUACAUCUGAAUUGAUUCGAUUUCUUGAUAAUGAUGAUGAUAAACGACCAUUCUUUGCCUAUCUUCCAUUUACUGCUCCACAUUGGCCUUUACAAGCACCGAAAGAGUUGAUCAAAAAAUACAAAGGACGAUAUGAUAUGGGACCGGAUGAAUUACGUGCUGCGAGACUUGAAAGUCAACGUCGUUUAGGCUUACUCUCUCCUGAUAUGAUUGCUGCACCAGUGUCAACAAAUCAGAAAUCAUGGGAUUCGAUGAAAGACGAAGAACGGGCGUUCUCAGCGAAAACAAUGGAAAUUUAUGCAGCCAUGGUGGAACGAAUGGAUUAUAAUAUCGGACGUGUAGUCGAUUAUCUUCAUCGAACAAAUCAAUUUGAUAAUACAUUUAUUCUUUUUAUGUCCGAUAAUGGAGCAGAUGGAGCGGUGCUUGAAGCACUUCCACUACAAUCGAUGGACAAAAGUAUUACGUACUUUGACAAUUCAUAUGAAAAUAUCGGUUCGAAAAAUUCAUUUAUUUGGUAUGGUCCAAGGUGGGCACAAGCAGCAACGGCACCAUGUCGAAUGAGUAAAGGAUAUAUUACGGAGGGCGGGAUACGUUGUCCCGCAAUUGUGCAUUAUGGACCGUUGACGACGAGAAGAAUCAUGCAUGAGUUCUGCACUGUUAUGGAUAUUUUACCUACGGUAUUAGAAUUAGCCGGUGUAGCACAUCCAGGCACAAAUUUUCAUGGUCGAGAAAUUCUUUUACCACGUGGAAAAUCUUGGGUAUCACAUUUUCGUUCACAUCAGCCAAUCCAUGAUAAAUAUCAAGAUUUUACUGGUUGGGAACUUUUUGGUCAACGGGCUGUUCGACGAGGAAACUAUAAAGCUCUUUAUAUUCCAAAACAACCAGGUGACAAAGAAACAAAAUGGGAAUUAUAUAAUUUAACAGACGACAAAGGUGAAUUGAAAGAUUUGGCUGAAGAAGAACCGGAAGUUUUAAAAGAAUUAAUCGGCCUAUGGAUGAGAUAUGAAAAUGAAACGGGUGUAAUCGUGGCACCGGAUCCUUACCAAAUGAAUUACCCUCAUCUUAUAUCCACAUCAAAAUAG